CCUACAGAGAGAGACACAGACGGGCGCUUGGGAUACCGCUGGAGGGAUGCAUUCGAUGCGGUCGCUUUAAAGCAGGGCGCUUAUGGUUGUGCAAACUCUGAAGAAUGCUACGGGCAGUCAGACUGUGCUGGUAUCUGGCGGUUGUGGCUUGCUUUAGGCCGGUGACCGGGGCUCAGUCGGUGUGUUGGCAGGCGCUGCUGCGUUGCCAGCAGGAGAAGGAGUGCAAGUGGGCUUACAGCCAGUACAGCGCGGCUUGCGAGCCCUUCCUGAAGGGCCUGCGGAGGCACUGCCCGAGCCACUGCAUCGGCGCCUUGGUGAAACUCAACCAGACUGUGAACGGGCCAGACUUGGAGGACUGCGACUGUGACCAGGACGCUCAAUGCAGGCGGGCAAAGAGAGCGAUCGAGCCCUGCUUGCCCCGGAGAUACAGCGGCGAGUCGGACCUCGGAUGCACCAAAGCGCGGCAGAGGUGCGAGGAUGAGUCGGUGUGUCACUUGGCGAUGAAGGAUUACCUCUCCAACUGCGGGCAGCUCUUUAACGGGAGGAGGUGCACCACCGUGUGCCGGGACACCAUCCACUACCUCCUCUCCAUACCCACUGGCAUCCUGCUCAACACAUGUGUUUGCGACGGCGUGGAGAGGCCUUUCUGUGAGGUGGUGAAGGAAAACAUUGAAAAAUUCUGUGCCAUCAACGGCCACUCGUUUCUGACGGCCACGCCGGACUCGGAUGAGAAUUAUGAAUAUGAGGAUUAUGAAAUAAACAGAACAGAUUUAAAACCGCACCAAAGUGUCCCGGAGUCCAACUUCUCUGCGGCACACACGUGUUCCCCACUUCUCUUCAUCCUGCUUCCAGGCUUGUGGUUUCUAUAAUACUUUGUGCAAACAAUUAUUUGCAGGUUUGUUUGUUUUUUCAAUCUCUGCUCUGCCCCCCUCUCUCUUUACACACACGCACACACACACACACACACACACACGCAGCGGCGCAGUGUUUACAGAUUAGCAACUAAACACACACACAUACACAAGCGCACACACAUACACACACAAUGGCGCACACGCACAGAAGCACACACACAUAGGCACACACA